UUGAGAGUCGACCAAAGCCGAUAACUUUAUCUGUUCAGGAAUUAAAAGCGUUCUUUUGUAUAAGUGAACCAAAACAAGUUAUUUCACCUGUUUAUAUUUUUGAACAAAUGCAGCAAAACAAAUUCUUAUUUUCGACUGCUAUAUGAAAAUAAAUUAAGCCUACAACUAAAUAUCUUGAACGCUGCUGGAAAAAGUUGAUCAACAGAUUACAAGGGCCAACCAAUCUAUUUGGAAUCACUUUUUAGAAGCCGGUGAAUGAGGAAAUAAAAUAUAAUAAUAUAUUGCCCACUAAGAAUGAUCACAAUAUUACGUGCAUGAAUAUCCACGGAAUUGUAUGUAAACCUUGACGAAAAUGCUGAAUUUGAACGAUGAUUGUCUUCUAUACAUCAUAACCUUCCUACGGCGAAAUGAUCAAGUGCAAUUGAAACGAGUCUGUUUGCGUUUAAAUAAUUUGAUCAAUUUAUAUUGGCGACAUAAAUAUAAAAGAUGGAGUAGUUACGAUCAGCAUUGUCAAGGUAAUGACUCAUUCCUAUGGAUGGUAUAUCAUUUACACGACCAUAUUGAAGAACUGAAUUUGGGCUGCUUACAUACUGAGCAUAUGGACAUUUUGGGUAGUUUUGUAUUUGAAAAUACACAUACACUAGUAGUUGAUGCGGAAAUUGUGCAUACAGAAGCUCUAAACGAAGUGCCUAAAGCCUUUCCAAACUUAAAUAGAAUAGAUUUAGUUGGCAAUAUAAGUUUGAAUGUAGUUGCAGAAAUGAAAUACCUAAGCGAGUUGAAAUUAGAUUAUGUUCUCUAUGAGGGUGAUUUCAGGUUGGAGCCAAUUUUUACAAAUUUAAAGCUACGUAAGUUCAGCUUUGGUUACACGAGAGGUAUACCACAAGAGCUUUGUGUCAAUGAUAUUAAUACUAUCACAUAUUGCCAAACAUUGGAGGAACUGUCCACAAAUGCAGAGUUAUUGGAUAUGAUAGCAGAAAAGUUACUAGAAUUGAAAAAUCUUAGAUUAAUUGGCUGUUUUGUACAUUUGCAUGAUGUUACAUAUAGAAAUAUAUAUGACACAAUUAUUGAUUUAUUUAAUGCAAGAAUACAUACUCUCAUUAGCGACAGUUUGUUGAGUUACUUUCCCAUGCAUAUAUUACCGAAAAUGCCAUAUUUAAAAAAGUGGAUUAUGAAAGAUCGAUUCAUGAGUCGUUACGAUAAGAUAACAUUGGAAAAGAGCUUACCGCAAUUGGAAGAGUUGGUGCUAAUAAAUCCUAAGCAUAUUAAACCAAUUAAUAGUGAUAACUAUGAAAUGAUGGAUGAAGAAUAUUUGGAUCUAAAUAUAAUUGAACUUAUUUCUGCAUGUAAAAAUCUGAAAGUGCUGGGAGUACCAUUAGAAUGGCUUAAUGAAGAACUGAGUUUGAAAAAGCUUUAUAAUUUGUUGAAGGAGCAAUCUGAAUGGAAAUCACAUCGCUUAAUAGUAAAGUGUUUUACGCAAAGUUUCAACUAUAAUAAUACAGAGCGUCUACAAAAGAGUUAUGGAGAUCAAAUGAAUAUUAUGGUAACGGCUUAUCCCAAAGAAGAAAUAGACCGCUAUACCCUACAUUACUUCUGUGAGCGACUAUUUGAAAUACAUUUCAACAAGCCGGUGGACUGACAGCAAGAAUGGAUUUGAUUACUUUUGGACACUGCCAAAGAAAUGUGAAAAUGUGGACUUCUUAAAUUCUUAUAAAUAAAAAAAAUUCCUAAAUUCUAUUAGAUGGCGCAAUGAAAAA